GGACUGUGGUGCCAAUCCUAGUGACAUGUCAGCAGAGGAGGAGUUUCUUGCCUGUGGACUUCAUAAAAGGCUAGCUCAACACCCUCCGUGAGACAGACUCUGCCCCAGCCAUCCUGAAGCUAUGUUCUCCCUCCCGGUAACGCCAAAGGAUGUCAGCCGCAGAAGCGUCCACAGAAGCCUGAGCUCCUCCUUGCAGGGCUCUGCAGUCAGCAUGCAGCACCUCGGGAUGGCACCCAGCGUUUAUGGGGGUGCUGGAGGCCGGGGCACCCGCAUCUCCACCACCUCCAGAAACACGGUGAGCUAUGGGAGCGAUCUCAUCGGCAGCGGGGACCUGUUUGUUGGCAAUGAGAAAAUGGCCAUGCAGAACCUAAAUGACCGUCUAGCGAGCUACCUAGAGAAGGUGCGGGCCCUGGAGGAGUCCAACUCCAAACUUGAAGUGCAGAUCAAGCAGUGGUACGAAGCCAACGCCCCGAGUGGCGGUCGCGACGACAGUGCAUAUUACAGACAGAUUGAAGAGCUGCGAAAUCAGAUUAAGGAUGCUCAACUGAUAAACUCUCGGUGUAUCCUGCAAAUUGAUAAUGCUAAACUGGCUGCUGAGGACUUCAGACUGAAGUUUGAGACUGAGAGGGGAAUACGCCUAACAGUGGAAGCCGAUCUCCAAGGCCUGAGUAAGGUCUUUGAUGAUCUAACCCUGCAAAAAACAGAUUUGGAGGUUCAAAUUGAAGAUCUGAAUAGAGACCUAGCUCUCCUCAAAAAAGAGCAUCAGGAGGAAGUCGAUAGCCUACACAGGCAUCUGGGCAACACCGUCAACGUGGAGGUUGAUGCUGCUCCAGGUCGGAACCUUGGUGCCAUCAUGAAUGAAAUGAGGCAGAAGUAUGAAGACAUGGCCCAGAAGAACCUUCAAGAGGCCAAAGAACAGUUUGAGAGAAAAGAGUCUUUGGAGCAUACCCUAGAGGAGACCAAAGCCCGUUACAGCAUCCAGUUAGCCAACCUCCAGUCGCUGUUGAGCUCUCUGGAAGCCCAACUGAUGCAGAUUCGGAGUGACACAGAACGCCAGAACAACGAAUACCAUAUCCUUCUUGACAUAAAGACUCGGCUUGAGCAGGAAAUUGCUACCUACCGCCGCCUUCUGGAAGGAGAAGAUGUAAAAAUUACGGAGUAUCAGUUAAGCACCCAGGAAGAGAAAGAUAUAAAGAAAACCAGGAAGAUUAAGACAGUCGUGGAAGAAGUAGUGGAUGGCAAGGUUGUGUCAUCUGAAGUCAGAGAAGUGGAAGAAAAUAUCUAAACAGCUACCAAAAGAAGAUGCUGCUGAGGUUUUGAAAGAAAUUUGGCUAUAAUCUUACCUUUGUUCCCUGGAAGAAAGCACUAUUACUACUUUGCAGUGAUUUGAAGGGGUGGAAUGGGGGGAAAUCCUAUUUAUCAAACCCUGUAAUUGAAUAUAAAUGUUUUUCUCAGAGGAGCUGCAAAUUGCCUGCAAAAAUGAAAUCUAAUGAGCAGUAGAAUAUUUAAAACAUCUUUACUGCCAUCUUUAUUAUGAACCACAUCAAUCACAAGCUACAGACCACCUAAUAUCAAUUUGUAGGUAAUGUUCCUGAAAAUUGAAGCACAUUUCAAUUAUACUAAACCUCAAAAAAUUUAGUAUAAUUUUGCAAAUUAUACUAAACUUUGUAAAUUGCAAAUAAAACUCUUCCUAAUUUUUUCCUGUUUCUGAA